UAUCAUCUCAUCCCCUAUUCAAUCAAAUCGAAAGGGCACUAUCGUCUUUUCACAUCGGUCAAACAUUUCUCAUUUCACCUGCAUCACCCCCCUUCGCGAUCCAAAAUGCUCCACAGCUUCUCACUCCUCGCCCCCUCUCUCUAGAUCCGCCACCACCGCCGCCGCCAUUUGCCACCACCACCAUCGCGGCCGCGUGAACACCUAGGCUUCCUAACCGCCGCCACUCACAUUACCCACGUCGGGCUUGGCAGCUCCAUCGCCGUCUCCGAUCGCCGGGAAUGGCUUCUCCGGAAGCCGAUUCCCGCCUGAACCAAGCUCUGAUCCCCUCCCUCGAGAAGAUCAUCAAGAACGCAUCGUGGCGGAAGCACGCCAAGCUCGCCGCGGAGUGCAAAUCGGUCGUCGAGCACCUCACCUCGCCCAACCAAAACCCUACCCCUCCCACAACCCCGGCGUCUCCCUCCGGCCAAUCGGAUUCCGAUGCGUCGUCCCAUCCCGGCGUCCUCCUGGAUCUCUCCCUGGCGGAGUCCGACAUCGUUCUCAGCCCGAUAAUCAACGCCCUCUCAGCCAACUACGCCAAGGUCUCUGAACCCGCGCUCGAUGCAGUGCAGAGAUUGAUCGCCCACGGGUACUUGCACGGCGAGGCGGACCCCAGCGGUGGGCCCGACGCCAAGCUGCUCUCCAAAUUGAUUGACUCCGUCUGCAAAUGCCACGAUUUGGGAGAUGAGAAUGUGGAGCUGUUGGUGAUCAAGGCGCUCCUGUCGGCCGUCACAUCUGUCUCCCUGCGGAUACACGGUGAUUGUCUGCUGCAAGUGGUGAGGACUUGUUACGACAUUUACUUGAGUAGUAAGAACGUGGUGAACCAGACUACUGCCAAGGCUUCGUUGGUCCAGAUGCUCGUUAUAGUGUUCCGGAGAAUGGAGGCUGAUUCAUCCACAGUGCCGUUGCAGCCCAUUGUGGUGGCGGAGCUGAUGGAGCCACCUGAGAAGGGAGAUGCGGAUGGCUCCAUGACUGUAUUCGCCCAGGGUUUUAUUACUAAGAUAAUUCAGGACAUUGACGGGGUUUUCAGCCCUAGUACACCUAGAGGUGGUGCGGGAUCAGGAAUUCGGGUGCAUGAUGGGGCCUUUGAUACUAAGACCUCAACAGUGGAGGGUACAAAUCCAGCAGAUUUGUUGGAUUCUACGGAUAAGGAUAUGUUGGAUGCUAAGUAUUGGGAGAUUAGUAUGUAUAAGACAGCACUGGAGGGAAGGAAAGGGGAGUUGGCGGAAGGCGAGGGAGAAAGGGAUGAUGAUAUGGAGGUUCAGAUUGGAAAUAAGUUGAGAAGGGAUGCUUUCUUGGUUUUCCGGGCUUUGUGUAAGCUCUCUAUGAAGACUCCACCCAAGGAUGCGGCUUCUGAUCCUCAGGCGAUGAAGGGGAAGAUUGUGGCAUUGGAGUUGCUCAAGAUUUUGUUGGAAAAUGCUGGGGCUAUAUUUAGGACUAGUGAAAGAUUUUUAGAUGCCAUAAAGCAGUACUUGUGCUUGUCACUGUUGAAGAACAGUGCUUCAACCCUUAUGAUCGUUUUCCAGCUUUCUUGCUCCAUAUUUAUAAGCCUGGUAUCAAGAUUUAGAGCCGGACUGAAAGCAGAAAUUGGUGUAUUUUUUCCUAUGAUAGUCCUUCGAGUAUUGGAAAAUGUUGCACAACCGAAUUUUCAGCAAAAAAUGACUGUCCUUCGGUUUCUAGAGAAGCUGUGCUUUGAUUCGCAGAUCUUGAUAGACAUAUUCCUUAAUUAUGACUGUGAUGUUAAUGCUUCCAACAUAUUUGAGAGGAUGGUCAAUGGGCUUCUUAAAACUGCCCAAGGAGUUCCACCUGGUGUUGCGACUACCCUUCAGCCUCCUCAAGAUGCUGCUUUGAAACUAGAGGCUAUGAAAUGCUUGGUUGCUGUUUUGAGGUGCAUGGGUGACUGGAUGAACAAACAACUGCGAAUCCCAGAUUCUCAUAGUCCAAAGAAAUCCGAUGCUGUUGAAACUGAUCCUGGAAGUCCUCCAGCAAAUGGCAACACUGAUGAGCCCACGGAAGGAUCAGAUGCUCACUCUGAACCCUCCAGUGAAAUUUCUGAUGUUUCAACUCUUGAGCAGCGUCGUGCAUACAAACUUGAGCUUCAGGAAGGUGUCUCUCUUUUUAACCGAAAACCAAAGAAAGGCCUUGAAUUCCUGAUAAAUGCAAAUAAGGUGGGAGACUCAGCCGAAGAAAUAGCAGAUUUCCUUAAAAAUGCAUCUGGUUUGGAUAAAACUCUGAUUGGUGACUAUUUGGGUGAAAGAGAUGAGUUGUCUCUGAAAGUGAUGCACGCAUAUGUGGAUUCCUUUGAUUUCCAAGGCAAGGAGUUCGAUGAGGCAAUCAGGGUCUUUUUACAGGGAUUUAGAUUGCCUGGUGAGGCACAGAAAAUUGAUCGUAUUAUGGAGAAGUUUGCUGAACGGUACUGUAAAUGUAACCCAAAGGUGUUUACUAGUGCUGACACUGCAUAUGUGCUUGCCUACUCAGUUAUAAUGCUGAAUACUGAUGCCCAUAACCCUAUGGUGAAGAAUAAGAUGUCAGCUGAUGAUUUUAUAAGGAACAACCGUGGGAUUGACGAUGGAAAAGACCUGCCGGAGGAGUACCUGAGAUCAUUGUUUGAGAGAAUAUCAAGAAAUGAGAUUAAAAUGAAAGAAGAUAAUUUGUCCAUUCAACAGAGGCUGUCUGUGAACUCUAACAGAGUUUUAGGCUUAGAUAGCAUUCUGAAUAUAGUGAUCCGAAAGCGAGGGGAAGACAGUAUGGAGACCAGUGAUGACCUUAUGAGACACAUGCAGGAGCAAUUCAAAGAAAAAGCUCGCAAGUCAGAGUCAAUUUAUUAUCCUGCUACAGAUGUGGUGAUUCUCAGGUUCAUGAUUGAAGCAUGUUGGGCUCCGAUGCUGGCUGCUUUCAGUGUUCCUCUUGACCAAAGUGAUGAAGAAGUUGUAAUAUCACUUUGUUUGGAAGGUUUCCGUAGCGCAAUUCAUGUUACUGCAGCAAUGUCAAUGAAAACUCAUAGAGAUGCUUUUGUUACAUCUUUAGCAAAAUUUACAUCUCUCCACUCACCUGCAGAUAUUAAACAGAAAAACAUUGAUGCGAUCAAGGCUAUAGUUACAAUAGCAGAUGAGGAUGGGAAUUAUUUACAAGAGGCUUGGGAACAUAUUUUAACUUGUGUGUCACGGUUUGAACAUUUGCAUCUGUUGGGCGAAGGUGCUCCCCCAGAUGCUGCCUUCUUUGCUAUCCCACAAAAUGACUUAGACAAAUCUAAGCAGACCAGAUCAAAUAUUCUCCCUGUUUUAAGAAAGAAAGGACCUGGGAAGAUUCAUAAUGCAGCUUCUGCAGUUAGAAGGGGUUCGUAUGAUAGUGCAGGUGUUGGUGGUAGUGCAGCUGCUGGAAUUACAUCUGAGCAGAUGAACAACUUGGUCUCUAAUUUAAACAUGUUGGAACAAGUUGGUGAAGUAAAUCGCAUAUUCAUAAGGAGCCAAAAGCUAAACAGUGAGGCAAUAGUUGAUUUUGUGAAGGCUUUGUGCAAGGUGUCCAUGGAUGAACUGCGAUCCACAUCUGAUCCGCGGGUGUUCAGUCUUACAAAGAUAGUUGAGAUUGCGCACUACAACAUGAACCGCAUCAGACUUGUGUGGUCCAAAAUCUGGCUUGUACUCUCUGAUUUUUUUGUGACAAUUGGCUGUUCAACAAACCUGUCUAUUGCAAUAUUUGCAAUGGAUUCUUUGCGCCAAUUGUCAAUGAAAUUCCUGGAGAGAGAGGAAUUGGCUAAUUAUAACUUCCAGAAUGAGUUUAUGAAGCCUUUUGUAGUUGUGAUGCGCCAGAGUAAUGCUGUUGAAAUCAGGGAAUUGAUUAUCAGAUGUGUUUCCCAGAUGGUGUUAUCCCGGGUGAAUAAUGUCAAGUCAGGAUGGAAGAGCAUGUUCAUGGUGUUUACAACAGCUGCUUAUGACGACCAUAAGAACAUUGUUCUGCUUUCCUUUGAAAUAAUCGAGAAAAUUGUGCGUGAUUAUUUCCCAUAUAUCACUGAAACUGAAACAACCACUUUCACGGACUGUGUAAAUUGCCUGAUCGCUUUCACCAAUACUCGAUUCAACAAAGAAAUCAGUCUUAAUGCCAUUGGUUUCCUUCGAUAUUGUGCUGCAAAACUCGCUGAAGGAGAUCUAGGCAAGGAGACUUCUGAAAAGGUGCCCCCUUCCCCUCAGAAAGGAAAAGACACGAAACUUGAUAAUGCAGAACCCAAGGAUAAAGUGGAUCAUCUCUAUUUGUGGUUUCCAUUGUUGGCAGGUUUAUCUGAACUAAGUUUUGACCCGAGGUCCGAAAUUCGAAAGAGCGCCUUGCAAGUACUCUUUGAUACUCUACGCAACCACGGCCAGCAUUUUUCCUUAGCCUUGUGGGAAAAAGUGUUUGAGUCCGUCCUGUUCAGAAUCUUUGACGAUGCCCGGCGUGCUAUCGACCCAUCCGGUGACAACACGCCAGGUCGCAUCCCUAAUGGUGACAUGGAAGAUCUCGAUCAAGAUUCAUGGCUUUACGAAACAUGCACUUUGGCUCUACAACUUGUGGUUGACCUAUUCGUUAAUUUCUAUGAUACGGUCAACCCCCUUCUGAAGAAGGUGCUGAUGCUGUUAGUCAGUUUCAUAAAACGUCCACAUCAGAGCCUUGCCGGUAUUGGUAUUGCGGCUUUUGUCCGCCUGAUGAGCAAUGCUGGGGAGAUGUUCUCUGAGGACAAGUGGUCUGACGUGGUCUCGUCUCUCAAGGAAGCAGCCAAGGAGACACUUCCCGAUUUUUCCUUUGUUCUUGACGAGAACAGCGGAAUGUGGGCCCACGAGGACUCGAAUGGAGAUGGUAACGAAGAAUCGACUGAGGCAAUCACUGGCGAUGAGGAUUCUGAAAGUAGGUUGAGGAGACAGCAGCUGUAUGCUGCUAUCUCCGAUGUCAAGUGCCGAGCUGCCGUUCAGCUGUUGUUAAUACAGGCCAUAAUGGAGAUCUACAGCAUGUACCGACCCCACCUCUCGGUUCAAAACACCCUCAUCUUAUUCGAGGGCGUGCAUGACGUGGCAUCCCACGCCCACAAGACUAACAGCAACACAACCCUACGCCUCAAGCUCCAAGAACUCGGGCCCAUGACCCAGAUGCAGGACCCACCCGUUUUACGUCUCGAAAACGAGUCUUACCAGAUUUGCCUCACCUUCCUACAGAACCUCAUUCUCGACCAGCCUCCUAAUCAUCACGACGAAUCACAGGUCGAGUCGUAUCUCGUUGACCUGUGCUUGGAGGUCCUUCAGUUCUACAUCGAGGCCGCGUCCUCGCCUGACUCGUCAGACGGGCGGGCCAGGGCCCACUGGAAUGUACCUCUGGGGUCCGCCAGGAGGAGGGAGCUGGCUUCGCGGGCCCCACUCGUUAUCUCGACCCUGCAGGCUAUAUCCAGCUUAGGCGAAACUUGGUUCGAGAGGAGCUUGCCCGGGUUUUUCCCGCUGCUUGCUAGUUUGAUUAGCUGUGAACACGGAUCUGCCGAGGUCCAGCUGGCGUUGAGCGACAUGCUGAGCUCGACGGUAGGGCCCGUUUUGCUGCGGGCAUGUUGAUACGCAGCCACGUUCAGGGCUCGGGGAUGUAUGAUGAUAAAUUUUUAUCGAGAUUUUUUUUUUUUAAUCUUUGUUUUUACAAUAAUUGCUUUUGAAAUAUAGGGUUUGUGGUGUAUGGGAAGUUAAUCAGGAGGUGAAAAAGUGUUUUGUAUGUGUAGUUUUUGUGCAAGAUUAUAUCUGUUCAGUAUUUUGUACUCUGGUGGUGCUAAAUUUUUCAAUUCGGUUAUAUUUUUUAGUACAAUGUUUGUAGCAAUACAUUAGUUUCUCUGCUAUUUGAUUUUGUUCAUUGUCAUAGUCGCGAUUUCUGGUCUGGAACUUCUAAUUGUUGAUAAUUCUAUGCCUGGAACUUUGAGAUUG